AUGAGUUUUCUUUGUUAUGACAGACGUAAGCUGCUGAAGCAGCUCCACCCAAACAAGCGCCAGCUGCGUAUGUGGGAUCCUGAGGUAAUCGCCAUGAAGCAAGAGUCACUUGUCCGACAGGUCUAUGGAGAAAAUCUCCCAGCUCCAUUUUGGCAUCCGAUUCCCAAACGUCCAAUUAGGCCGUACUACACACGAUGGGUUCCGUCUGCUGCAGCAACAUCCUACAACUUUGCUGUGGAUAGAUACCACCCAUUGAUGGCAAAGAAGGGCUAUCUACCAACUCCUUUCUUGGACAUGAUGGGACAUCCAAGGGACUUCAACUGGGGCCCAAUGGAGGAUGAAGAAUUCAAUGAGAACUUACGCUAUAUGAGAGUACCAAGCACAGCUAGAGCGAGGCAGUAUUCCUACCACAUGAGUCGAACCAACACCACCUCUGGAACACUUCCCACACGUACCUCCAACAAAAUGUAAACGACGCCACAUCAGGAAAAUUUUAUGACACGUACCUCCAACAAAAUCGAAAUGUAAACACCACACAACAGAAACACUUCCGACAUGUACCUCAGACAAGAUGUAAACAACACCACCUCAGGAACACUUCUGACACAUACCUCAGACAAGAUGUAAACAACACCACCUCAGGAACACUUCUGACACGUACCUCAGACAAGAUGUAAACAACUCCACAACAGAAACACUUCUGACACAUACCUCAGACAAGAUAUAAACAACACCACCUCAGGAACACUUCUGACACGUACCUCAGACAAGAUGUAAACAACUCCACAACAGAAACACUUCUGACACAUACCUCAGACAAGAUAUAAACAACACCACCUCAGGAAUACUUCUGACACGUUCCUCAGACAAGAUAUAAACAACACCACCUCAGGAACACUUCUGACACGUUCCUCAGACAAGAUAUAAACAACACCACCUCAGGAAUACUUCUGACACGUUCCUCAGACAAGAUGUAAACAACACCACCUCAGGAACACUUCUGAAAGAUAUCACCAACAACACUUCAAAUCAAUUGAUGUAAUCUAACCAGAAACGAUUGCUGCAAUGGAAGCAAGUGUAUUAAUCACACAGUCGACACUCUGAUAAGUAGCUGCUAUCAUAGAAUAAAUUUAGUGAGUAAAAGUGUAUUGCUCUGGCACUCUAAAUAUACUGAAUUUGGCUCAAAAACUUUUUAAUUGUUAUCAAUUUUUAGUAAAAAAAACAGCAUGAUAAUAAUAAUUUAUAAACAAUACAAAAAUUUACAAUGAGCACUAUCAUGUUUCAGCACAAUAAUAUCAGUGUUGAAAAUAAUAUCCCGCUUAAAAUAUGUGUGUUUACAGUGAACAAUUUACAAUAAUUUGAAGAUAUUUCACAGUAAUUUUCAGAAAUUUGUAGACAUUUUACUGUAAUUUACAGACAUUUUACAGUAACUUGCAAACAUUAAGAGUAAUUAAUUGACAUUUUCAGAAAUUUAUAGGCAUUCUACAGUAAUUUCCAGAUAUUCUUGACACCUGCUAGUAGAUUUUACUUCAGCAUUGCCUUUCUUCUAGGAAAUCAUCAGAUAAUAUCAGGUUUGGAUUGAAAUAUUUUCAUUGCUGGAAAAGUAUACCAUGUGUAAAUAUUUCUAAAGUAAUUGUCCGAGAUAUUUCAGAAAAUAUCAGGUAAAUAUAUUUACAUAUUAUGUUUCAGAAAGAAUUUGUUAACUGUUCUGUGUGAAGAUGAAAGUGCUUUAACCAUGUACUUGUAAAAAUUAGAAAUAUAGUAUUGUGCCAUGUGUUUGCCAAAUAUCUGGAUAGAUUUUUGAUGCAAAAUAUUGCAUUUUCUUUAAAACAUGAAAAGGGGAACAAUUUGAUUACAUAAGUGUCAGGGAAACCUCUUCCCUGAUAGAUAUUGUCGUAUGACGAGCAUAUUAACCUCUCCCUGAUAUAUAUUGUCGCAUGACAAGUGUAUCAACCUCUCCCCUGAUAUAUAGUGUCGUAUGACAAGCAUAUCAACCUCUCCCCUGAUAUAUAGUGUCGUAUGACGAGCGUAUCAACCACGUCCCUGAUAUAUAUUGUCGUAUGACAAUCAAAUGUUUGAAAAACAAAGACUAUUUAGUAAACAGAGGCCUCUGACAACUGAUUUAAGACAGGUAGAUAAGUGUGACAUGUAAAGAAUAUGUGAAAAUCUGUUAUAUUUUAGGCGAGAUUGAAGACUUUAACAAUUUUAUUCUUUACAGUGCAGGAGAGGAAUUUUUUCACCCCACAAUACCUGGUACCUGUUCUUUUAUGUGUUUGUAUGAUUUUCUCGUUAACUUACCUGUUGUGUUAUGGACAACUACUCAACCUCUUUUAGUAGAAUGAUGUCAACCAGUUUUAGAUAUUACUUAUUUUGGUAUUUUCUUCCACUUAGAAUGUCCUAAUAAUAAAGCCAUUUGAUUCUCAGUGAUACACCCAUCAAAACUUUGACAGGACAUGUGUUCGCUGGUCAGACAUCAUUUUUUUUGCCCAUGAACCUCCUCUUUUCAAAUUUAGCAAGCUUUAUUACCAUCAUGUAAAGCUGUUUUUUUAAUGGCAUUUUGAUUCAUCAUUUUUUGGAAGUUAUUGCCCUUUGUUUUUAUUUUUCAUCAUUUUAAUCUUUUAACUAUGUAGGCAUUUUCAUGUUGUGGUUAAAAAUGUUAUCGUUUGUGAAAAGAUUUAACAUAAGAUUGUAUUUCUCGUCGUCAUCAGAAUUUUCUUGUACUUGUACAAACAGUCUGAUAUUCUAAAGGCAAAGUAAGAUAUAUACUGUAUUCAAACAGAUUCUGGAUGAGAAUAAUUUUAUAUAAAGAACUGAAAUUGGAAAUAUGAAUUGUUGUAAAUAUUUUAUUUUCAUGAAAAGUUAUGCUUUAUUUUAGGAUGACUUUCCGUCUGAUAAAUUGUUACAUAUGAUAUAUGUAUGUACAGUCAAUCAUUUUGUGUUACUAGUAUUUGCACAAUGCUUGAAUCCGUCCAUUUUGUACAAUCUGAUCAGCUAACUGUGAUAAUUGUUUUUUUGACUCUUGCACCCCUCUUUUACAUUGGAACAAUCUUCAAUGGAAGAGUCUAGUGUGGAUUGGGAGGAUGAGCAGGUUAAAUUGAUGCGAGUUUAAAAAUUGAAUGUAUCUAUUGCUAGGUUGAUGUUUCUAAAUAUGAAAUUAUUGAAAAAAAUUAGGAAAAAAAUAUUAAAAUAUUGUCAAUAAAUUUCUGUUGUCUUAAAAGAUAUGUUAUAAAAUAGAGAUAUUUAUUGAA